CCCGCUCCCGGCUUCCCGCUGCCGCCGCCGCCGCCGCCGCCGCUGCCCGGAGGAGGGAGGGAAGGCCGAGUUCGCCUGACCCGGAGCCCCGGCCCCUGACCCGGACGCUCGGACCCUCGGACCCGUGUCCGCGCCUGCGCCCAAGCCGCCCGCCCCGACCGUGGGGCCGCCAGUCCGCUCGCCUGGGGCCCGGGCCGGGCCGGGACAGGGGCGGGGGCAGGGGCCGGGCCGGGGCGCAGCCCCUCCUGCCCCGCACCCGCCGCCGCCGCCUCAGGGUUAAGACUUGAUGAUAACUCUCAAUUAAAAGAAUCACUAAACAUUCAAGAAAGCAAAAUGGGGACCCCUGGUUCUGGAAGGAAGAGAACUCCAGUAAAAGAUCGAUUCUCUGCAGAAGAUGAAGCUUUGAGCAACAUAGCUCGAGAGGCUGAGGCCAGACUGGCAGCCAAGCGGGCUGCCCGUGCUGAAGCAAGAGACAUCCGGAUGAGGGAGCUGGAGCGGCAGCAGAGAGAGCCCUCCCAUCGUUCUUAUGAUCGAAAAUGGGGCCAGAUUCAGAAGUGGAUGGAAGAUGUAGAAAGAGCCAGGUAUUCUCACCGGGCCAGCCGCCAUCGUCCCCACCUGGGAGUUGAGGAUGUACUGUCCACUCGAAGCAUUGGCAGUCACAGGUAUGAUACUCUGAAGGCUCGCUCUACGAAGCAUUCAUCUUCAAGCCAUGCUUAUGGUGACUCUUCCAGCAUGAAGAGGAGGUCUUCUAGCUCCUACAGAGACCCCUUGAAAGGCCUCUACUAUGACCAGAGGAACUAUAGCAGCCUCAGACACAGCAAGUCCCCCUCUGCCUACUACACUCGGUCUUCUUCCUUGUGCAGUGACCCUCUGGCGACUUUUAAAACUCACAGGGUUUCUCGUGCAGUAGACACUGGUCUGAUGAGAAGUGCCAGUUUGGCAUCGCUGGGUGAUGUGGGAUUGUACAACCCGUACAGUUCUCGGACACCGUCGGAAUAUAGUCACUCGUCGAGAGCAAGUUCAUCCCGGAGCAGCCCUGUGUUUUCAGAUGAUGACGCCCGGAGUCUCGCAUCUUCAGGUCACGCCAGCCAAGGGCGAAGAGCUAGUGUGGUGUCUGCUGCCGAUUACUUUAGUCGUUCAGGUCGGAGGGGAAGUGUUGUCUCUGAUGUGGACGAUGUCGUCAUCCCGGAUUUGAGCAGCUUGGAUGAAAAGUGUGACAAGCAGUAUGCUGAAACUUAUACCAGGCCUUCUUCUCGAAAUUCUGCCUCGGCAGCAACACCCCUGAGUGGGAGCGCCUCCCGUCGAGGGAGCGGAGACACGGGCAGCUUCGUGGACCCUGACGCUUCCUUAAGUGAAUUACGGGAUAUCUAUGAUCUUAAGGACCAGAUACAAGAUGUAGAAGGGAGAUACAUGCAGGGCCUUAAGGAGCUCAAGGACUCUCUGGCGGCUGUGGAGGAGAAAUACAAGAAAGCCAUGGUUUCUAAUGCCCAGCUUGACAACGAGAAGAACAAUUUGAUCUACCAGGUGGAUACGCUGAAGGAUGUGCUGGAGGGACAGGAAGAGCAGAUGGCAGAGUUCUACCGUGAGAAUGAGGAGAAAUCCAAGGAGCUGGAACGGCAGAAACACCUGUGCGCCGUGCUGCAGCACAAGAUGGAGAUGCUGAAGGAGGGGCUGCGGCAGCGGGACGAGCUUAUUGAGGAGAAGCGAUGCAUGCAGCAGAGAGUAGACACCAUAACCAAAGAGUUGUUUGACCUCCAGGAGACACUUAUUUGGAAAGAUAAAAAAAUUGGGGCCCUAGAGAGGCAGAAAGAGUCCUUUGACUGCAUUAGGAAUGAGCGAGAUGUGCUCAGAGAGCAGUUGGCCGAGCUGAAGGAAACCCUGGAGACAGGAGAGAAGCAUGGUUUAGUUAUAAUCCCUGAUGGCACUCCAAAUGGGGAUGUCAGUCAUGAGCCUGUGGUGGGCGCCAUCACCGUGGUGUCUCAGGAAGCAGCUCAGGUCUUGGAAUCCGCAGGGGAAGGGCCGCUAGAUGUAAGGCUACGAAAACUUGCUGGAGAAAAAGAGGAGCUGCUGUCCCAGAUCAGAAAGCUGAAACUGCAGCUGGAAGAAGAAAGACAGAAGUGCUCUCGGCAUGACGGCACAUUUGGAGAACCCGGGGGACUGGAGAAUGGCUCAGACCUGCAGUUCAUUGAGAUGCAGAGAGAUGCCAACAGACAAAUUAGUGAAUACAAAUUCAGGCUUUCAAAAGCAGAACAAGAUAUAGCAACCAUGGAGCAAAACAUCGGGAGGCUGGAAGGACAGGUGGCCAGGUACAAGAGUGCGGCCGAGAACGCAGAAAAAGUGGAAGAUGAGCUCAAAGCGGACAAGAGGAAGCUUCAGCGCGAGUUACGGACGGCGCUGGAUAAGAUCGAGGAGAUGGAGAUGACCAACAGUCACCUGGUGAAGAGGCUGGAGAAGAUGAAGGCCAACCGGACAGCCCUCCUGUCCCAGCAGUAGACUGCAGCCUCCUCACGUGGGGCUCUGCCCACCUGCGCCUCUCCCCGGGGGUGGGUGAGCUCAGGCUCUUCCCCCACCAUUGACACAACCGUUUGAAUACCCUGCUGUCCAGUACUAUUUUUGAUGAUGAAAGUGGCAUCCUUUUACUGUGUAAUUUAUGAGAGAAUGAAAGCGGUUUGAACCUGUGAACGAAUUGGCUUUUAUUAGCAGUUUGAUUCUAGAGGAAGAGCUGGUCGACCCCUGUGACUUUUUGACUGCAGUACAAUCCCCCUCCUUGCCGCCCGAGGGCUUGGAGGACCCGCCGAUGCCCAGAGGAGGAGAGGAGGAGGCUGCUCCUGCACCUGCUUCCCUCUGGACUUGCUCGAGACAGCCUGUAACACAAGUGCCUUCUCCGUGGUGCACCCUGGAAAUCAAAUAACGUUUAUAUUUUUAAGAGAGACGCAUGUGGGGCUCGGGCAGUAUGCUCGGUGAACUUUGUAUGUUUUAAGGGAAACUGUUUUUGUAAAAUAUUUAAAUUUAUAUCAGAAAAUGUUAAAUGUAUAUCAACUUGCUUUAUCGCAUGGGUGAUGGCACACCUGUGGUCCUAGUUUGUUGUCAUGGGAUGUCCAAGGCCUGAGACUCGGAAGAGUAGGGACAAGAUGGUGUACACUGUAAAUUGUAUUUUAUCUGCUGCUUACUCUUGGGAUGAGAGCUGACGAAUUGUGGUGGGGAGGGAGGGGUCAGGCAGGUGGGCCUGGUAUCUGGAUGGAAACGCUAUUAAACAGACACUUUCCAGACCAA